GUAGACUACAGUCUAUUAAAACGAAUCAGUACGAUUAAGAGCAUCAUGGAAGACGGUGUUAUGAAACUGGGUACAUAUAAAUAUGAAGAUGGUACGCGUUAUAUUGGAGAAUGGAAUAAUAAAGGGUUAAAGAAUGGAGCUGGGUCCUUGAUUCUACCCGAAGGUACUCGAUAUGAUGGAUCAUUUCAAAAUGGUUUAUGUUCUGGUCUUGGCAUUUUUUUGUUUCCUGAUGGAGCAAAGUACGAAGGAGAAUUUAUGCAAGGAUGGUUUCAUGGUCAUGGAGUAUUUUGGAGAUCUGACGGCAUGAAGUUCGAGGGUGAAUUCCGUGGUGGAAGGAUUUGGGGUUUAGGAAAGAUUACAUACAACACAUCUCCAGAUAUCAACAAACAACCGCGAACACAGCAUGUCAAGGAAAGUGAUUCCGGACUUGAAGAUGGCAGGUCACUUUCAAUAGGUGAAGAUUGUAGCUCACAAAGCUCUGCUGUUCCGGCAGUGAGUCUUCGGACCAAAGAAGUUGCAAUGUUUACGCGCAAUUUGUUUAAAAAUUCGAAAAAUGCGGCAAAAGAUGAACAAGAAAAUGAAAUGGAUGAAGAGGCCAAUAAAAUGACGGAAUAUUUUUCAAAUUUUGGGACAAAAACAACCACAAUAACUGAAGGUGUUACAAUUACAUACAUCUGGUUGAACAAGCAUUUCAAAAUGCCUUAUGAAGAUUGGAAAUUGCUUCUCAAAUCGAAAGACGAAAGAAAAUUCAUGAAAGGAGUUCUUCGAGCUCUUCAUUCGCAAGACGGUGAUUACACAAAGCUGCUGAGUACAAGAUGUGUGUCAGCCAAGCCGUCUUACACACCAAGAGGAAAAAAUAUGCGAAAGAAACUCUACAAGUUCGAGCUUAUGACAAUCGAAAGCAAGUAUAUUUCGAAUAUUUCAUCAUCUCGGUUCUCGUAUUUGACAAUAAUGGAUUACCCGAUCGAUUUACAGAAUGUUUGAAAUAUUAUUGCAAGAAAAUGAAUAUUGA